AUGUCUAGUUCAGACAGGCCUUCCGGAGAGGGGGACGUGCGUCAGCUGUUGAAGCUGUACCGAACGGAGAUCGCUAUGGCCGUCAAUGACGUUUUUCCACUGCUCCACGGACUGGCUGAUCACGAUGUCAUCACAGAAGACAAGUUCAAGGAGACCCUGAGCCUGAAGGAAAAGGAAGGCUGUCACAAGGCCUUCCAUGCCCUACUCACCUGGCUGCUGAGCCGGGAUUCAUCUUCCAUUCAGGACUUCUGGAGAAUCCUCUUCAAGGACUACAACCUGGAAAGAUACGCCAGACUGCAGCCCAUCCACAACAGCUUUCCGAAAGAUAUAGACCUCAGCAGACACAGGAAGGGACGGAAAGUUCCCAUCAGCCUGAAGACUUUGACACUGCCUAGGCCCCAAGGGAAGAGGAAAGCCUCUGAAGAAAGGGGUUCCCCUCAGCUCCCACCCCUCGCCGUGAAAUGUACAUCCAAUCCAGGGUCCCUGUCAAAGGCAAAAUCAGCAAAGAAGCCCGAGAACUCAGAAACCCAGCGCUUCCCUCUUUUGAAUGGAAUUCAGACCAUGUCUGCCUCGGUCCAGAGAGCUGUCACUGUGUCUUCAAGCGAUCUGCCAGGGACCUGCGGGGCAGUGGAAGGAAUUCUCAUUAAACAAGUGUUUGAGUCAGGGAGCUCGAAGAAAUGCAUCAAAGUUGGGGGAGAGUUCUACACCCCAGGCAAAUUUGAAGAUGCUGGAGGAAAGAGCAAAAACCGCAGCCCGAAGCCACCUGUCCGACCCAAAGCGUCCCAAGUUCCCCAACAUAAGAACGACGACGAGUGCGCAGUCUGCAGGGAUGGGGGUGAGCUGAUCUGCUGUGAUGGCUGCCCCAGGGCAUUCCAUCUGACCUGCCUCGUCCCUCCGCUGACCGAAAUUCCCAGUGGAACGUGGCGGUGUGUCAGGUGUGUUGAAGGGAAGAUGGAUCCUGAUGGUUGCCAAGGAGAGGAGAGGAUCAGGAAAGACCCUCACCCACAGACUCAGGUGCUGUCCGGGCUGAGGAAGAUGGGAGAGCGAGAAAAGACUCUCACCAAAGAGCCCACCCCAAAUUCAGAUGCUACUUUCGUCUUCAAACAUCCUCUCCCCGCUGCUCCUACCCCUUCACCCUUGCUGGUCAUCGCUCCAACAGUCCUGCAUCCUCCAGAAAGUACAGGGCUGGAGAGGCAUCAGAAACUCAGUGAGGAAGACAGAUGUGGGAUCUGCCGAGGAGGAGGAGGAGACUUGCUGUACUGUCCCCAGUGUUUCCAGCCCUUCCACCGGCACUGCCAUUUCUCUUCCGGCUCUGACCGGACCGGUGGAAUCAUGAAGUGCAAAUUCUGCUCCGAAAGGCUUGACCCUGUGCCUCUGGAGGGGCUCCUGCCGUCCAACACCUCGGCCCUGGGGGCAGUGAAGGUCAGCACCAAACUCCGGUUCUCUGGGGCCGUGGGAGUCUCUGGGGUCGUGGUUGAAGACUCAAGUGGAAAUGAGCCAGUGCUGAAUAAAGAAGAAUUGGACUCUCUCCUGAACGAGAAUUCAUUCGACGGCAUCCUGCAGUGGGCAUUUCAGAACAUGUCCCGUCCCCUCUCCGAAGCCCAGAACCUUUUCUCCUGAUGCUCUCUAGAGAGACAGAUGGGGCUGGGCCCUGAUCUCAGGUUGUUGCUGUUGCCCCUGGAUCAACCUCAAAAGGUAGAGCAGCCCUAUAGUUUUUCUUAAAGUCGAUCCCCGUCCCGUCUGCACCAGCCCACCCUCUGUGUAAUGGGUGGGCUCACCUAGGGGAGGGAAGAGGAGGGGCGAAUCGGUGUCCUAGAUGAAAAGACAAGGGACCUAACCUGGUCAUUUGCCCCUCUUUCCUAUGAAAGCCCGGCAGAGGGGUGGGAAAUAACUUUAUCUAACCAGAGGUUGAGUCUGAAAACAUCCCUGAAGCUUCGCUGGAACGUCGACCACGGCAGCUCAGAAAGGAGCAUUUUACCCAUGGCGGGCACCAAACGACGGGGUCUUCACUGUGCGUGUGUCUAUGUACUAUUGCCUGUCGCUAAUGUCUGUUUAGCCUUCCCUGUUAGAUGCUUAAAGUCCUAGAGGAGGGGAAUCAUCUUAUGCGAGAAGCGGCGUGGC